AAGUAUCAACAAUUGAAAGAAAACAAACAGUAGAAACAGUUGGAAGUUGAACCCUUUGCUCAAACUAUUCCUUACAAGACUGAAUUCCCCAGGAGUCAAAACUCAAAAACAUCUUGCGUCUGUCUAUGGUUAGCUUAUUAUCUUAGCUGCCAGGUAGGCCUACACCGCUCAGUUAGGAAUUAGGAUGAAUACAAUUCUAUUAAAUAAUAAAUUAAUAAAUAGUUUCAACACUGAAAAUUCGAGUUUGGCAGCAUGCACCAUCAAUUACGUGACAUUGAAAAAUCCGCCCCCUUUAUCCUCUAGAAGGAAGGUUGAAAAACUUGCUAUAAAUAGGUGGUCAGCUUUAGGAAUGCAAUGAUGCAUUGGCUCAGGUUUACCAAUUUGGUUUCGCUUGUAUUUCUGGGUUUUGCCUUCUUUCUGUAUUUUCACAUCUACCCAUCUUCUUCCCAUCAAAACAUGGCAGAAAACGCCCCCAAGUCAGUGUAUGAAUUCACUGUCAAGGACAUUCGCGGAAAUGAUGUAAGUUUAAGUGAAUACAGCGGGAAAGUUCUCCUGAUUGUGAAUGUUGCUUCAAAAUGUGGUUUAACGCACUCAAACUACAAGGAACUCAAUGUGUUGUAUGAAAAAUACAAAAACCAAGGAUUUGAGAUAUUGGCAUUUCCUUGCAACCAGUUUGCCGGACAAGAACCAGGUACCAAUGAACAUAUUCAGGAAGUAGCAUGCACAAUGUUCAAAGCAGAAUUCCCAAUAUUUGAUAAGGUUGAGGUAAAUGGAAAGAAUUCAGCACCUCUUUACAAGUUUCUAAAAUCUGUAAAGGGUGGAUAUUUCGGAGAUGCUAUCAAGUGGAACUUCACAAAGUUUUUGGUAGAUAAAGAAGGGAAAGUUGUGGAGAGAUAUGCUCCAACUACAUCACCUCUCAAAAUUGAGAAGGACAUACAGAAACUACUAGGAUCGUCUUGAUUGUCGAGGUAUGAAGCUACCACUUAUCUAGCACCACAGAUGCUGCAAUGGCAUAAAUCAUACAAUUUCUCCAGGUCCAUAACAUGAUUUGAGUGAUUGCAGCAUCUGAUUCCACCCUUUUUUGCUUUGAUCUUGCAGCAGCGCACAAGGGACAUUGCCUGGAACUUCCAGGGAGUACAUGGAUCUAAAGCUUGGUUAGUGUUUGGCGGGCUUAGAUUGGUGGUGUUUAUCUCAUUGCUAUCUAAUGUAUCAGGAUGGAUGAUUACAAGUUCAACCAUGAAUUAUCUGUGUGGAGCUUUUACCCAUAGGGUUGGUUGCAAGGCUAGUCAUAAAAUAAUCUGUAAUAAUUUGUGACAGGUUUUCUCAAUGAAUCCAAAAACAAAAAACUACUUCCAUCAA